CUUUCAACCCAACCCCUACUCCCCUCCUCUCUUCUACUUCUUUUCUACCCUCAACCUCAAUAUCCGCCUACCACUGCCUGUCCUCCACGUGGCCCCUCUCCUCACCUCCCCCAAUUAUGACAUUCCCCACCUUACUUGUAACCGCCACCAAACUCGCCGGUGCUCUCUUCUCCGUCACCGUCGCCGCCAAUGUUUUCUCCUUCUCACGCUAUAAACGGAAGCAUUUGUCUCCCUUUAAAUCUCCAAUCCACGAGUCUGCUGAUAUUCUUGCUCAAUUCAACGUCAAUCCUACUUCAGAAGAAGAAAAAGGCUUCUUUUUUGGAUUAGCAACAGCACCAGCACACGUCGAGGACCGGCUCAAUGAUGCCUGGCUUCAGUUUGCAGAACAAAAUCCCUGUGAUCAACCAGAGUCUCAAAAAGGCACUCAACCGGCUGAUGCAGUUAUGGCUUCCGCCGCGGGAGAUGGUGGCGCUCAGCUGGCCGGAAUGCCAGAUAAAGAAGCCAAUAAGAGCAUGAAGAGAAAGAAACAACUCAGGAUAGCAAUGGAAGCAAAAAUCCGAGGAUUUGAGAAAUAUGAAGAAAUUGAAGAACCAAACUCGGGUGAAGAAUGCCAUCAUACGGUUGCCUCCUGGCAUAAUGUUCCACACCCGGAGGAGAGAUUGAGAUUUUGGUCUGAUCCUGAUACAGAGCUCAAAUUGGCUAAAGAUACUGGUGUUCAAGUUUUUCGCAUGGGAAUAGAUUGGACGAGGGUCAUGCCUGAGGAGCCCAUAAAUGGUCCUAGUGCAGCUGUUAACUUUGCAGCAUUGGAGCGAUAUAAAUGGAUCAUCAACAGAGUUCACUCAUAUGGGAUGAAAGUAAUGCUGACACUGUUCCAUCAUUCUUUGCCACCAUGGGCAGCAGAAUACGGAGGAUGGAAGCUGGAGAAGACUGUGGAAUAUUUUAUGGAAUUUACCAGAGUUGUUGUCGACUGUGUAUCUGAUCUGGUGGAUUACUGGGUAACUUUUAAUGAACCUCAUGUUUUCUGUAUGCUCACUUACUGUGCUGGUGCUUGGCCUGGUGGUAAUCCUGACAUGCUCGAGGCUGCCACUUCUGCUUUGCCUACUGGUGUCUUCAAUCAGGCUAUGCAUUUGAUGGCAAUAGCACAUUCAAAGGCUUAUGAUUAUAUCCAUGAGAAAAGUGCAAUUGUUGGAGUCGCACACCAUGUCUCUUUCAUGCGGCCAUACGGACUUUUUGACAUUGCUGCCGUAUCAGUAGCUAAUUCGCUGACACUAUUUCCUUUUAUGGAUAGUAUUUCUGAAAAAUUGGACUACAUCGGAAUAAACUACUAUGGACAGGAAGUGGUUUCUGGUGCCGGAUUGAAGCUGGUGGAUACUGAUGAGUAUAGUGAAUCCGGGCGUGGGGUGUAUCCUGAUGGCUUGUACCGUGUACUACUACAUUUUCAUGAAAGAUAUAAACAUUUAGGCGUACCAUUUAUUAUUACUGAAAAUGGUGUAUCCGAUGAGACAGAUCUGAUCAGGCGCCCAUACAUGUUGGAACAUCUAUUGGCAACUCAUGCAGCAAUGACCAUGGGUGUACCCAUCCUUGGUUACCUGUUCUGGACCAUAUCUGAUAACUGGGAAUGGGCUGAUGGGUAUGGUCCAAAGUUUGGGUUGGUAGCAGUUGAUCGUUUAAAUAAUCUUGCACGAAUUCCACGCCCGUCAUAUCAUUUGUUUAAAGAGGUUGUAACGUCAGGUAAAAUAACACGGACAGAUAGAGCACGAGCAUGGAAUGAACUUCAAACAGCUGCUAAAGAAGGAAAAACAAGGCCAUUUUACAGGGCAGUUAACAAACAUGGUCUGAUGUAUGCUGGAGGCCUUGACAAACCAAUUCUGCGACCUUAUGUUGUACGAGACUGGCGGUUUGGACACUAUGAAAUGGAAGGUUUGCAGGACCCAUUGAGUCGGUUUUCACGAUAUCUACUCCGGCCUUUCUCCCUCAGAAAGAAAACAAAUCCCAAUUCAGAUUCUGAAGAUUUGGUUCUUGAGCCUCUUAUGUCAAGUGUUUGAUUCUAGAUACAAAAAGACUCACAACGAUACGCACAGUUUCUCAUCAACUGGGAAUCAAGUUGUUAAUAUAGCAUAUUUGCAGUGCCGGAGCUAGUGUUUUCUCAUCCAUCUCAUUGGACUCUGCAACCACGUUGCUAUCCUAAAUGUCAUCCAUUUUUUUUUUUUUUAAAUACCAAUUUUACUUGUCAUACUUGAUUCUUUUGGCUUUUAUGUAAAUACUUGGAUUGCGGAUAAAAGGUUGAUGGGUUGCUGCC